AUGUCAUCUCAAUCAUACACCCACUUCCUGGUGCACCGGCCUGCUCCCGGUGUGGCGCACGUUGAGAUCAACCGGCCCGACAAGCUCAACUCGUUCUACGAGGAGAUGUGGCUCGAGUUUGGCCGCGUCUUCAACGCCCUGUCCGUCGACCCCGACGUUCGCGCCGUCGUCCUCUCGGGCGCCGGCGAGCGUGCCUUCACCAGUGGUCUGGACGUCCAAAAGGCCUCGGACGGCUGGCUCUUCAAGGGCAUGGAUGACGGCAAUGGUCAGCCCUUGGACUCGGCCAGGUUUGCCACCCACGCCAGGAGGCACAUUGCCGAGUUUCAGGACUCCAUUGGCGCCAUGGAAAAGUGUGAAAAGCCCGUCAUCUGUGUGCUCCACGGCCUCUCCCUCGGCCUGGCCAUCGACCUAGCCUGCUGCGCCGACGUGCGGCUGGUUGUGCGUGGCACGCGCAUGGCGGUCAAGGAGGUCGACAUCGGGCUGGCGGCCGACAUUGGCACGCUCAGCCGGCUGCCAAAGGCGGUCGGCAGCCUGUCGUGGGUCAAGGAGGUGUGCCUGUCUGCGCGCGAGUUCACGCCCGAGGAGGCGCUGGCCGUCGGGUUCGUCAGCGGGCCCAUCCACGAGACCAAGGCCGGCGCCCUCAAGGCCGCCCUAUCCAUGGCGGCCCUGGUGGCGAGCAAGAGUCCCGUGGCGGUGCAGGGCACCAAGGAGCUGCUCAACCACGCGCGGGACCACAGCGUCGAGGAGAGCCUGAGGUACACGGCCAUUUGGAACUCGGCCGCCCUGCAGACGAGGGAUAUCAAGGAUGCGUUGUUGAGCGGGAUCCAGAAGAGGAAGCCCACUUUUGCAAAGCUGUGA